AAUUAUGGAGAACACGCCUCCCAUGCUACAAUUGGAUAGUGUAAUGAUCGGAUAUGCACUGUACAUUUCCGGAGGAUUUCAUUGGCCGCCAGCUCUACGAUUACUUUGUAGCAGCGGAUUUCAGCUGGUGCCCGGUACGGUAUAGUAUAGUGCAUCUACGAAUUUACGUUUCUGUCAAUCUCAGCAGGCUAUAAUCCUGGAUGAUCUGAAACUACGGAACUGUCAUUUAGUUUUGUGAGUUUUUUUAUAUUGCGUUUGUAUACGCAUUGGACCGUAUGGAGGGAUGUCGCGAUGAUGGUCUGCUCUAGGAGAACCAAAACUUUGGUGUCGACAUGCGUAAUUUUGAGUGGCAUGACCAAUAUUGUCUGUCUUCUCUACGUCGGCUGGAUCACUAAUUAUGUGGCCAAUGUGAACACCAAAGUCUCAGAGACAGAACCGGAGAGAAAGUUUGAAGAUGACAACAAGGGAGAAACUCUGAAGAUUAUAGAGAGACUGGACCGACUGGAAAAUGUGGUCAACCAACACAUCCAAGAGGUGCCCCAGAAGGGUAGUGAUGAAAAAGUAGUGGAGUCCCUCUCAGACUCCUCCCUGUUUGUCCACUGGGGUCAUGACCUUGGUCCUGAGAGUCGCCGUGUGGCGCUGAAGAAGUUCCAGUACUACGGCUACAACGGUUACCUCAGUGACCGCCUCUCUCUGGCCAGACCCAUCCCCGACCUCAGACCCGAUGGGUGCAGAAACAUGUCGUACCCCACCAAUCUCCCACAAGUAAGUAUCAUAUUUAUCUUUGUGAAUGAGGCCCUGUCGGUCAUCCUACGCUCCAUCCACACAGCCAUGAACAGGACUCCCUCCCACCUCCUCAAGGAGAUCAUCCUGGUCGACGACAACAGCAACAAUGCUGAGCUGAAGGAGAACCUGCAAAACUUUGUGAAGGAAACCAACUCCCAGCGGCCAGACUUCAUCAAGGUGGUCCGCCACGACAAGCAGGAGGGGCUGAUCCGCUCCCGGGUCAGUGGGUGGAGGGCCGCCAGCGCCCCCGUCGUGGCCCUGUUCGAUGCCCACGUGGAGUUCAACAUUGGAUGGGCCGAGCCAAUUCUUCUCAGGAUCAAGGAAGACAGAACGCGCAUCGUCUCGCCGUCGUUUGACAACAUCAAGUAUGACACGUUUGAGAUCGAGGAGUAUCCGCUGUCUGCUCAGGGCUUCGACUGGGAGCUGUGGUGUCGCUACCUGAACCCGCCCAAAGUCUGGUGGACCCAGUACAAUCACACCGCCCCUAUCAGGAGCCCAGCUCUUAUUGGCUGUUUUGUGGUGGACAGGAAGUACUUUGAGGAGAUUGGCCUAUUGGAUGAGGGAAUGGAGAUCUAUGGUGGAGAAAAUGUGGAGCUUGGCAUCAGGGUAUGGCAGUGUGGGGGCAGUGUGGAGGUCCUACCCUGUUCUCGGAUAGCCCAUAUCGAGCGUGCUCACAAGCCCUACACUCAAGAUCUGACUGCUCAUGUGCGGCGGAAUGCGCUGAGGGUGGCCGAGGUGUGGAUGGACGAAUACAAGAACCACGUUUACAUGGCCUGGAACAUUCCUCCGCAGGACUCAGGGAUUGACAUAGGGGACCUCACGGAGAGGAAGGCUUUGAGGAACAGACUGCAGUGUAAAUCUUUCAGGUGGUUCUUGGCCAACAUCUACUCUGAGAUGAGAACCUACAGUGACACUGUUGCUUAUGGAGUGGUAAAGAACAUGCUGAGGAAUGACCUGUGUCUAGACCAGGGGCCUGACUCGGACAACAUCCCCAUCCUGUACCUCUGCCAUGGGAUGACACCACAGAACGUGUACUACACAAACUCACAUCAGCUUCACCUGGGGGUCCUGAGCCCCACCAUCGACGACGAUGACAACAAGUGCCUGGUGGAUGUGAACAACCGGCCGCGGCUCCUGGAGUGCAGCUACGCCACAGCCAAGCGCAUGAAGCUCGCCUGGCUGUUUACUCAGGGAGGCUCCAUAGAAAACAUGAAUUCCAAACGUUGCCUGGAGCUGGUAGAGAACGGCGAAACGGAGUUUGGCUACCAGCUGGCCAUACAGAAGUGCUCUGGUCAGAAAUGGACAAUCACCAACCUACUGUCAACCUACACUCUCCAAUGAGGGGAUCCUGAGUCCUGCAGGGGAAAGAGCUGCCCAUGGUGAACACUGGACCUGUGACUGACAGACAUAGAAGCUUUGCUUCUUUAAAAAUCUAUUUAUUGAGGCAAUAAUUGAAUUAUGAGUAUGCUGACACUUUUAGUACCUUGAUGUCUCUUAGACUCAAAGACAUCAUUUGAUAAAUGUAAACAAUGUCCUUUGUUAAUAUAUGGGAUUGAACUGGCAGACUUGGGUCUAUAGUGAGACUUACAUGUUUCAAUGUAUUUUGAGCAGAUUGUCUUUCGUCACACUGAAUUCAGGCUUGCGUUGGCUCUAAUAUACAUUGUAAUUUAUGCUACUGUGUAGCAUGUUUUUGAAAAACCUUUGUUAUUCUUGUUUGGUUUGUUUCUCAGGUUUGUAGAUUGAAUGUUAUUAUGAAAUCAAGUCGGUGGUUUCAAAGAACUGUUGCCAAUAUGUUGGGAGAAUAUACAAGCUAUUUUAUAAGUGUAUACUGGAUAUUUAUAAAAACCUACAGUAAAAAUGCUGAUGACAAUUCA